CUUUACGGCAUUGUCUUGCUGCUGUGUUAUCUUUGUUAUCGUAUAGUGCCUCUUGGAUAUCAUAGACCAAUAUUUAUAUCAAGAUGGCGGAAGUUAAGGGGGAAGCUAAGGAAGAAGUCAAGCCUAAGGUUGAGGUACCACCUUCCUCUGCUGAUACGGCACCCUGUUCUAAGGAUGCCUCUGUUGAUGCUGGCAACUCUAAAACAAUUAACUCCAAGUGCGGGUGCACUUACACUGACGUUGGCAAUGUCUUUCUGCCCAAGCGUACUAAGCGUAUGGACCGCAUUAAACGCCAGGCUUUACCAUUUGGUUUGAGCAAGUACGCCGUCAUGGCAUUGGGUUGUCUAUCUAUUUGUUUGACCUCUAGUUUAUAUUACAACUGGACUAUAUUUGAGGACAUGUUUGUGAAGCAGGGUAUAUUGUCCAACUUGUGUACUGAAGAGGAGAUUGCUGAGGCAGAGCCUGAGACUUUUGUUUGUGACCUUCAGCGUCGUUGGAUUUCGAAUCUAUAUUCUGCCAUUAUGUAUACCGAUUCCUUUGUUGGUAUCAUUGGUGGUUACAUUGGUGACCGUUUCGGUUCUUACUACGCCUUAUUGAUCGGUCAAUGCUUUGGCGUUAUUGCUUUUGUGAUGUUUUACAAGUUUACUUACUCCGUGAUAACAUUGGCUGUAACAUUUUUCUUUUGGGGUAUAUCAUGUUCUUUUGCUUUGGGUCCUACGUGGCACUAUUCGCGUAUGUUUACGUUUGGUAAUAACAUGGCAGUUAGUAUGAUUACUGGUGCUGACAACUUGAGUAUGUUUACUCCUACUAUCCUCAAGGUUAUUGCCGAUCGUUUUGACAUUGGCUUCACAGGUUCUUCAUUGACCUAUAUAUUCUGGGCUGUUCUAGUAUCUCUCGGUACUACUCUCUACUUCAUUCCCCGUCGUUUCAUAGUUUUGGAUGAGGAAGAGAGUGACGAGGACUACUCUUUUGAGAACAUGUUCAAUGCUAGUUUCUUGGGUGCCGUGAAAGACUACCGAUACUGGUUAUCCGUGACAUGUUACAUUCUACUAUGUUCAGUCCGUUUAUUCUACCGUCGUUCAUUUACACUCCUUUUCUUUGACAAUGAGGAGGUGACUGAGUUUUUGGAAGCUGCUUCUGACUUAUCAUUUGUGGCUAGUUUCGUUCUUGGUUACAUGAAUGAGUACUUUGGUGUGGCCACUAUGAUGGGUUUGACUACAGCUAUGUACAUAGCUGCGUUACUGGCUAUUUACUUCAGGAACUUCCCCUGUGCCUAUACCUCCGCUUUAUUGUUCUCCAUUGCCCAGGCUGGUGAUAUCCAGCAGCUGAUCACUUUUAUCGAUGAGGUGUUCCCGGAGCACGAGUCCACGUUGAUGGGUGUUGCUAACAUUAGCAACACCAUAUUCGGUUUGAUCCUUCAGUUUUUGUUUAAUUACAUCUUCGACCUUUGUGGCGCUCGUUUCACUGUAUUCCUGAUGAUUGUUAUAUUAUCUGGUGUUAUCUUCUUAUGUUACGUCAUUGAGAUUGGCCGUCGUGCAGCUGAGGAGGAGCGCCACAUGCUACACGAACAGCACGUCAAAGAGGAAGAGGAGGAAGACAAGAAGGAAGGCGCCACUGAUAAACCUCAUCACGAGCCCCAAGCUGACGAGGAGGACACUUCCUACAAUCCCUUGGGUUCCAAGCUCCUGUUAUCUAACCUUCUGGCCGUCAUUUUGAGCUUGCCCUACUACGUAUCGCUCUGCACUUCAGUGGCCAUUAACAACAUUGGUAAGCACGAACCCGUUGCGCCUUCUGACCAUGACAUUCGUAUAGUGCGCUCAUUGGAGCGCAGCCAAUUCUACACUACAAGCGACCGUAUAGUUGAGAUGUGCAGUACUUUGUUCUAUACUGGCCUCGUCAUGUUACUGGGUUGUAUAUAUGAAUAUUCUCGUGUAGGCGGCCACGUGUCAAUGUCAUAUUCAAUCGCUAUACUGGUAUCAGGCGUGAUCAUCACUGGUAUCGUCUGCUCUCUUGUGGUGCCUUACACUCAGAUCUUCAGGGUAUUGCCUCCCGUUAUCGUGGUAGCCUUGACUAUGUUACCUCCCAUUGGGUUUGCCAUUCUAGGAUACGUGCAGCCUAAUGCGGCCAUUACGUUCCGUUUGAUGGUAUGUUUGGUCAUUGCUGAUGCCUUCGUUUUGUUCAUGGCUGGCAACUUGAUGUUGUACAUGAACGCUCUGAUGGGUUCUCGUCAUGGUGUUUCUGUACACAGCCUCAUGGGUUGGAGUCACCUUGGCAUGGGCCAUAUAUACUGCUUGCUGUUGAUAUACACCCUGCGCGAGAUAUACACUGGAGGUGGUAUUCUAGGUGGCUACACCAUUGCCAUGGCAAUGCAGUGUGGCGUGACCCUGUUUGGCACGGCCGUUAUUGCUUUAUAUCUCGUUCACGAGAGCCAGUACUUCUGCGCUACUUCGGGUUCAGUCGCUCACUGCCGUGGUCUCCACCCGUGCCUAAGUAAAUGGUCCAGCGUAAGCCACACUGACUACUUUGGCCAGCACGUCCCUUCACAGGGUCUCUCGGAGAAUAUCUUAACCCUGUGCUUCGUGUCAUCCCACUGCGGUGAAUUCAACUCCCGCAAGAAUACUGACUACGGGCUUUGGAGUAUGUCCUACUGUACCACGGGAUUGAUAUCUUUCUCAAUGGAUCUCCUUGUUCUGUCGGUAUCGGUUGCUAUUGGCCUAAGUGACGUGGCAAUGUUGUUCAUCUCCCCCGGUAUGAUGAGUUACAUUGCUACCUGCACUGCCUGCAUCAGCUUUUGUAUGCGGAUGAUAUUCAUGUUCUUUGGUGACUCCAUCGACGCUCGUGGGAUUGAAGAGGGUCGAUACAAGCAUGUAUUCUGGCCAUCAACCCUGGGUGUGAUCAUUGUGCUUUUGGCUGUCAAUGUAGUCCAGUUCAAGUGGUGCACUGACGCGGCUGUAUCCACUGGCGUGUUGAUUGGUUUCUGCGUUGUCUACAGUGUGCGCGUGUUGUUGAACUGCCUGCUUCAACACCACAUGCUGCUUACACUCGAGCGCUUUAAGGUAGACUCUGGUGCUACCAAGUACGAGCACGCCCACAAUACAGUGUCCUACAUGGGCAUAGGCCACUGUCUGGGACUCGUGGGAUUCGCGCUAUUCUGCAGCUAUAUGUACAAUGCUGCAAAUUGAC